GCCAUGUUUUUAGAUUCUUCGCCCGGUCUUUGGUUUCCUGCGGGACCCCGCAUUCUAUUAUAUUUUCCACAGUUUCCUUCUCCCUAUUGGAUUCUGCAACAAACACGCAGAGCAGAGGAAAGUCCACCUAACCAAAACAAAUAGGAAAUGGAACGAAACAGUCGCUUGCACGAUCUCUGAAGCAAAAUCCCACCUUUAGAUAUUUAUAUUUCUUUUAUUGUAUAAACAAUUUUUCCCAAAAAAGAAAGAAAAGCAAAAGAGAAGCUCGUAUACUGGAGCACGCCGCAUUCGUUUCAUUCAUAUAUUUUGGUUUUGCUUUAUCUUCGGUUUCUGGUUAACCAGACUUUUGCUGAGGAAGCCCAGUAAAGAGAUUGGUUUUGCGGUUCUGGUUCUUUUCCUUCUUUACACAGGCGUCUGCUGAAUAUUCAGGUUUUGGCGGUUGAAGAUCUCUUGAAAACCUUUCCAGCUUGAAGUUGUGUGUAAUUUGAAACUUUUGAACUAGAGAUUGGGCUCUUGUGAGUUUUUUGUUCUGUAUUGCUCUGAUGGCUGAGGGGAGUGUCAAUUCACCAGUGACCCCAGAAAGAACUAUGCCUAAUGGCAACAAUUUGAGAAGAAAUUCUACAGGAAAAGCAAGUUCUUCAAACACUGGAGAAAGCAUUCUUCCUCAUUAUCUCCGGGCGUCGACUGGUUCCUGCCAUGAUUUUUGUAAGUAUGGAAGAAAACAUGCAUUUGAAGAAAAGGAAAGGCGUUCCAUGCUGAAAAGAGUUGUAAAAAAAUCAUUUGACAGCAGAAAUCCAGUGGUGACUGUUGCUCUGCCAAGGAGAAAGGAGACAUUAGUGAUCAAGCUCAAGCCUUCACAUGAAUCUCAAUCCUAUACAUCUGAUACCCCUUGGACCAUUAAGCAUGAAGCGUCAAAACAAUCACUUGAGAGUCAAAAUCCAGCAGAAAGGGAUGUUCUGGUUGAGAGGAAAAAGAAAUCGGGGGUUGAGAUUAAGUCUUCAUCUUAUUCAAAAGCACCUUCACAUGAGUCCAAAUCCUAUUCAUGUGAUACCCCUCAGACCAUUAAGCGUGAAGUAUCAAAACAAUCACCUGACAGUCAAAAUCAAGCAGAAAGUAAACUUCUGGUUGAGAGGAAAAAGAAAUCAGGGGUUAAGUUUAAAUCUUCACCCUCUUCAAAAACCCAUAUAUCUCAUAACCCCAAAACUAUGAAGCAGGAAGUGUCAUCUAGUGAAAAGGUGAAAGUUUUUUCAAGAAAAGGUUCAGCAAAGGCUAAAGAUUUAAACUUGUCCAUGAAGCAUGCCACUUCUUUGAAGCCACAAUCUCUGACAGCGAUGCCAAGGUCUUUUCCAAAUUCCACAGGAGGUAAAAGUGGCCUAAGUGGCCUAAGAAACGGUGAUGUCAAGACUGGCAAGAUGAGUGGGACCUUUAGAGUAGCUGCAAAGAAGGUUCUGGCUCCUCCACCAGCCUCAUUGCCUUCAAAGUCUUCUGUCAACAAAGUUGCAAAUGUAAAUGAAAGAAACCACAGGGACUUGAAAAUUGUGUCUCCUUAUACAAAUAACAAUAUCAGAAAAGCUGAACCUAAGCAACACGAUGAGGUUCAUGAGAAAACCCUGUAUGUCAUCAAGAUGGAAACUGAGAAUAAACCUCUGGAAUCUGAUCAAAAUGAAAGUCAUGCAAUUGAAUUGUUGCCUGCUGCAUCAUCGCCACCAAAGUUUUUAUCCCUCCCAAAUGCUCAGUCUUCUUCAUCCCACGAAGAAGAUUGUGAAGAGGAAUCUGAGUAUACAAUGAGUGAAGCAGAAGACGAGUUACCCUCAGAAAGCAAUGAAACUGAGCACAUAGAAGAAGCAGAAGAAGAUUGUGAAGAGGAAUCUGAGUAUACAAUGAGUGAAGCAGAAGACGAGUUACCCUCAGAAAGCAGUGAAACUGAGCACAUAGAAGAAGCAGAGACCGUUGAAGAGAGAUACAAUGGGAGGCCCAGAAAGGCUGGGAUGGUUUGUUCUGAAGAUAAAAAGGGCCAAGCAUUGAAGUUAAAGUUCAGGAGAGGGAAGGUGGUCGAUAGUCAGUCUUUGACUAACAGCCCAAGAAGGCUCAAAUUCAAGCGGGGAAAAGUGUUAGGGGACAACCAAAAUGUCAAGGCCGUUGUCCGAAGGAGAAGCUUUAAGAGGCCAGAAGUUGACAGUGACACAUACGGCACCGAACCUGACCCACAAAAAGUUGUUUUGAGACAUCAAGAUGUGCAGGGGAAGAGAGAUGCCCAAGGUUUGUUUAAUAACGUCAUUGAAGAAACAGCAAGCAAACUUGCUGAAACCCGGAAGAGCAAGGUUAAGGCCUUGGUGGGUGCUUUUGAAACUGUGAUCUCACUUCAAGAGAAAAAACCUUCUGCAAAUACUGUCACUUGAGUUGAAAAGAGAACCCUUUUUCAGCGGCAAUCUCUUGGUUUUAAAAGAAUUAAUCAAAAUAAAUGUCGGUUAACAAGAUUAUGGAGCUGCAGCUGCGUAAUAGUAGAUUGCUGCUGUUGACGUUACAAGGCCUGGGUGUAGAGUUGAAUGGAGAGUCUUGUAUUGUACUGAGCCGUGUGUUGUACUGUUUUUGACAUACAUGACCUACAUUUUCUAAAGGUCAGGCUGCGUUUUUGCUUUCUUUUCUUUUUGAAUUUCUUGCCUAAUGUGGUUGAUUUGUACAUUGUGAAUAAAACCAGCUUACUCUUGUCUUUA